AUGGAGGGAGGAAAUGGUGUCAACACGGACAAAUCAGAUGAGAUCAUCAUGCCUGGGUUUCGGUUCCAUCCUACCGAUGAAGAGCUGGUUAGUUUCUACCUGAAGAAGAAGAUCCAGCAAAAGCCUAUCUCCAUUGAGCUCAUCAGGCAACUGGACAUCUACAAGUUUGAUCCAUGGGAUCUGCCAAAGCUUGCAAGCACCGGAGAGACGGAGUGGUACUUCUACUGCCCAAGGGACCGGAAGUAUCGUAACAGCACAAGGCCGAACCGAGUCACAUCAGCCGGAUUCUGGAAAGCCACAGGAACAGAUAGGCCGAUUUACUCCUCCGAGGGCACUAGGUGCAUAGGCCUGAAGAAGUCCCUUGUCUUCUACAAAGGCAGAGCCGCACGAGGGAUGAAAACCGACUGGAUGAUGCACGAGUUUAGGCUUCCUUCCCUUGCCGAUCCAUCAUUUCCAAAGAGACCGGUCGACAAGAACAUCCCGCUCAAUGAUUCUUGGACCAUAUGCAGGAUCUUUAAGAAGACCAGCUCGAUGGCUCAGCGGGCACUGUCUCACAUUUGGGGGACUCCAAUGCCUGGGGCAACUGGGCAAGAUCUCUUCUCUGGGAUGCAAUCGGUGCAAGCUUCAGAUUUUGUUUUUGAGAGCUCCUCCCGCUCAGUGCAAGUUGCAGCAGCACCAGCAAGUCAGUUCAUAAGCUUCAACUGCAGUCCAUCUAUGGAAGUCCAGAAAGGUCCCAUCUUGCCAUUCCAGACACAGCCAUCGCAGAAGACAAUGCACGCUAGCGACCCACAGUUUGGGAAGCCUGAGCAUAUUGUGAUUGAUUCUUCUGCGGAUCUAAACGCGGGCAUGAGCUGCGGGAACCAAGAGUCAUCGACGAUAAAGACUGGGAAUACCUUCAGCUUGAACAAUGAGUGGGAUGCACCAGGGAGACUCAACUUCCUGUUCGAGUUAGAUGCAGAAUCUUCAGAUGACUGGAAGUGCGACAUACCAUGGGAAUCCUUCCUUAGCCCAACCAUCCCUUCCCAAGUUCCGGAUUCGCAGCCCACGUUUGAGUCGAAGGUCACCCCUCUGCCGGUGUCUGACCUGGUGGCUCAGAACUAA